UUCCGUUCUUGCCUCAUUAUCUUCCCCCUUGGUUAAGUUUUGAGUAGUGAUAACUGAUAACAUUUAUCUAUCGUUGAGAUAAUGUGCUAUAGAAAGUGAGUGUAUUUUAAUAUUACUUCGACAGUCAUUCUAAAGAGGUGGCAUGUCGAUUGUCGAAGCGUGAAGCAUGAGCGCCAGAGCCCAAAAAAAAGAAAUGUAUCUGAGUUGAGUGAAGGUUAUUUUCUUAGUUUUCCAUUCCACAGACUGCUGUUGACUUGCAUUCACAUCCAUUGCGUAAUAACAAUUUGACAACAUAAUCGACUAUUGAAGAUCUUAAGGAUUUCACAGACUCGGGGUAAAAAUAUAAAGAACAGUAUCUCAGUGAAUGAUAAACAAAUAACCAAAAUAAAAAUGAUAAUUUAAUUAAGACAAGUCUUAAUUCAAGACAGAUUUUUAUUAGUAUAAAGGAUUCAUACUUAUAGUUACCUACAAAUCACAGCCAGAUUUUAGCAUUUGUUUCAAGUUUUGAAAAAUGGAUCACCAUAAUCACCACCAUAUGGAUGAAACAGAUUCUUCAACAUUGAAUCCACUUGUUGGAAAUGGUUGUUGUGACACUCCUUCAGAAAAUGGAACGGACCAUAAUAUGGUGCAUCACAUGAUGUCUAUGUCCUUUCAUUUUGGUACAGAUGAAACUGUCUUAUUUGAUUGGUGGAAAUUUAAUACUACUAGCGGUCUUAUAUACUCCAUGGUAGGAAUAUUUUUGAUGGCUACUUUGUAUGAAGGUUUGAAAUAUUUUAGAGAAUAUUUAUUUUGGAAAUCUUACAAUGCUAUACAAUACAGAUCAGUGCAAAUCCCAUUAGAAAAAGGACCAAGUGAUCCUGUUUCACAAAUAGUUGGCAAGGUGCUUUUUAAACAACCGCUACCAACAAUGUUAAGUUCAACACACUUUCUUCAAACACUCCUACACAUUAUCCAGAUAUCUAUAAGCUACUUAUUAAUGUUAAUAUUUAUGACUUAUAACAUAUGGUUAUGUUUAGCUGUUCUGUUUGGUGCUACUUUAGGAUACUUUUUAUUUGGUUGGAAAAAAUCUGUUGUUGUUGAUGUCACUGAACAUUGUCACUGAUAAUAUUAUAAAAUAUAAACUAUGUGGAUAUCCCCUACUUUUUUUUAAUUAUAAAACAUAAAAUUAUAUUUUGUAAUUCCACAUAUUUGGAAUUAAUUUUAUUAUUUAAGUUAUACGAUAUUAUUGAAACUUAGUAAAUAUACUUAAUUGCUAUUAUUCAUUUAUUUA